UCCAAAAUUCGCCGUCAUGGAUUAUAGCCAAGAGGCUGACAUGGGCUGACAUGCCUGCUAGUACACAUAUAAAGUAUUCUUUGUGAGCCGCUUCUCUCUUCUUCUUUGGACGAUACCCACAUUUUUUCAGCAUAACCAUACUGUAUACCCUUGUAUUAUUAACGUUUCACGAUGAGGGCCAUAUUGACGUUUCUCGCCCUUGUCAUCCUUUCCUCUUCCGUUCUCUCCCUUCCCUCAGAGCGGCGUGACGGCGAUAGCGCACUGACGGAGAUCCAAGCUCUAAAUUUUGCUCUCUCCCUCGAACACCUCCAGUACUACUUCUACAAACGGCUGUACCAAUAUGAGCCGCAGGACUUCUCCAAUGCUGGUCUACCGCCCUGGUCGCAGGGGAGAUACGCACAGAUAUCCUCCCAUGAGCUUACGCAUGCUCAGUUCCUUGAGAAUAUCCUGGGUGACAAUGCUGUUCAGCCAUGCACAUAUAACUUCCCAGACUCCGAUCCGAGAUCAUUCGUGAAGACCAGCAACAUUGUGGAAGCAAUAACAUCCUCUACGUAUACAACUCUCGCGAAGUAUCUCUCCGAUCCUGACUAUGUCAUUUCUAUCAGCUCUAUUCACUCCGUGGAAGCAAAACACUCAGCGUGGAUCAACGCGGACAUGCGUGAAGGUGCUGCUUGGAGCACAGCAUUUGAUGCGCCACUGAGUCUGAGUCAACUAUACACGAUGAUGAGUGGCUUCAUCGUAUCCUGCCCAUCCUCCAAUUCGCUGCCGCCGAUCAAAGUAUUCCCCUCACUCACGUUUCCCUCCUACGUUAUCCCAGGGCAGACUGUACAAGUGUCGUUUUCGCCCGCAGCUCCGGACCGCGAUUCACAGACGUUGUACGCCUGGUUCAUCUCAGGGUUCAAAGCGCUCGUUGUACCUCUCAACGCUGAUAUGACGGUCACCAUCCCGGACACGCUGCAGGGUUUUGUGUUCUUCGGUAAUCACGAACAACAGGGAGAGCGUGUCCGACGAUGCUACAGUUGCUGGGCCGGCGUUCUUAGUCUUCGAUUAUGACUACCAAGGAAACGAUCAGUCGCUACCCAUGUGAAGGAAUCAAUGAUUUCUGAUUUUAUCGACUUGUACAUUUAUUGUCGAAAACUACUUCAAUUUUCUCCACUGUCAGUAUCGGGAUGCUGGGGCUCCAGUUUCUCCGCCUAA